GGGCGGGGAGGAGGAGGAGGAGGGAGGUGAGGGAGAGGCGGGCGGCGGGAGCCUUCCCUCCCUCUCUCCCUCCUCCCGCAUGCCCUUCUCCGCCGCCCCCUCACCUCCGGAGGAGAGCACCCGCAGCAGACAGGUCGCUGCCCCGGCCCGGGCAAGCUCUGGCCGCCUCCGCAGGUGGUAUUUCCUUCUGAUGGCCUUUCUAUGUGGACCACCCUCUGUCAUCCUGCUCAGCCCAUUUUGAUUUUGACUUAAAUGUAGGCUCCUAGUCUGGCGUAAAGCUGAUGGGUGGGAGCAAAGGUAAAGAAUGAUGUAAUGCAGCAGCAGCCAGAAAGCAUCUUUUGUCUGAAUUGUGAAAUGGCUACUCCAUAGUCAUCUCCCAAUGAAUCAGAUGUGAGGGGCUGCUUUGUGGAGCGAACCCUUUGUAACACCACAUCAACUGGAAGCAGGAGGAGACAUUCAGUUGAAGAGCUCUUUCUGAAAAUGGGUUUAACUUUUCUUUUGCCAGUCACUACCAGCAUGACCUCAUACACUUCUAGUACAAUGGUGUGGCUAAGCCUUUGAGUACACAGCCAUUACAUCAUCGCAGCAAAUUAGAGAGGGAGGUGGUGAAAGAGGCCUUAUUGUUGUCAUGGCCGAUGAGAUGAUCAGGACUCAACUCAUUGUCGCCGAGAAGUUGGUGGCUUUGCUGGAGAGUGGUACAGAAAAAUUGCUGCUGAUUGAUAGCCGCCCCUUUGUGGAAUACAAUACAUCCCACAUCUUGGAUGCCAUCAACAUCAACUGCUCCAAGCUGAUGAAGCGGAGGCUGCAGCAGGACAAAGUUUUGAUUACAGAGCUCAUUCAGCAUUCAGCAAAACACAAGAUUGAAAUAGAUUACAAGCAGGAAGUGGUGGUGUAUGACCAAAGCUCUAAAGAUGUGACCUCUCUCUCAUCUGACUGCUUUCUGACUGUGCUCCUGGGCAAACUGGAGAAGAAUUUCAGCUCUGUGUAUCUGCUUUCAGGUGGAUUUGCCGAGUUCUCCAGCUCUUUCCCUGGUCUCUGUGAAGGAAAAUCCACCCUGGUUCCUACUUGCAUUUCUCAGCCCUGCCUCCCUGUCUCCAACAUUGGCCCAACCAGAAUCCUGCCUCAUCUCUACCUGGGGUGUCAGCGGGAUGUCCUUAACAAGGAGCUGAUGCAGCAGAAUGAUAUUGGGUAUGUACUAAAUGCCAGCAAUACUUGUCCAAAGCCUGAUUUUAUUCCGGAAUCCCACUUCCUGAGAGUGCCUGUGAACGACAGCUUUUGUGAGAAAAUUUUGCCUUGGUUGGAUAAAUCAGUUGAUUUUAUAGAAAAAGCAAAAGCAUCAAAUGGCCACGUGUUAGUGCACUGUUUAGCUGGAAUAUCUCGCUCUGCCACAAUCGCUAUUGCAUAUAUCAUGAAGAGAAUGGAUAUGUCCUUAGAUGAAGCUUACAGAUUUGUGAAAGAGAAGCGGCCAACCAUUUCUCCCAACUUCAACUUUCUGGGACAGCUUUUGGACUUCGAGAAAAAAAUCAAGAACCAGAGCGGGCAGCCUGGACAUAUCAGUAAACUGAAACUUCUGCAUUUGGAAAAAAGCAGUGAGCACAUGCUGGUCCCAGAAGGUGGGCAGAGCAGCCUCUCCACGAACCAGCUCUGCAUCACGGCUACCUCCGAGAUCGUGGAGCAGAAGCCGCCGGACUGUGGCAGCGUGCCACGCGGGCACUUGUCCCCCCUGGAAGAUGGCCCGCUGGUACAGGGCAUAAAUGGACUGCACGUCUCCCUGGAUAAGGUGGAGGACAGCAACCGGCUGAAACGCUCCUUUUCCUUGGACAUCAAAUCUGUAUCCUACUCGGCGAGCAGCAGCUGCGUGGCCACGUCGGUUCAGGGCUUCGCCUCCUCCGAAGACACCCUGGAGUACUACAAACACACGACCGCUUUGGAAGGCAGCAGCAAGUUGUGUCAGUUCUCCCCUGUCCAGGAGGUCUCGGAGCAGAGCCCAGAAACCAGCCCUGACAAAGAGGAAGCCAACCCUCCCAAGAAACCCCCGAACACGUGGCAGCUGGACAGCCAGAGCAAAAGGCAACACCCAGGCAGAGCCAGCGGCGGCGCCGCCUCUCAGCGGUCGCUCCUCUACCCCCUGCACCGGAGCGGCAGCAUGGAAGACAACUACAGAACGAACUUCUUGUUUGGUCUCUCCACCAGCCAGCAGCAUUUGGCCAAGUCUGCUGCUGGGCUGGGUCUCAAAGGCUGGCACUCGGACAUCUUGGCUCCUCAGACAUCGGCUCCGUCCCUCCCCAGCAGCUGGUAUUUUGCAGCAGAGUCCUCCCAUUUCUACUCGGCCUCCGCCAUCUACGGGAACAACGCCGCUUACUCUGCCUACAGCUGCAGUCAGCUGCCCACGGGCUGUGACCAGGCCUCUGCCGUGCGCAGAAGGGCGAAGCAGGGUGACAGAGGUGACUCCAGGAGGAGCUGGCACGAGGAGAGCUCUUUUGAAAAGCAGUUCAAGCGCAGAAGUUGCCAGAUGGAGUUCGGAGAGAGCAUCAUGUCGGACAACAGAUCCAGAGAAGAACUGGGGAAAGUAGGCAGUCAGUCGAGUUUUUCGGGCAGCAUGGAAAUCAUCGAGGUGUCUUGAGGGACAGCAGGCUUGUGGGACUCUGUCGGAGUUGCUCCCCCCUCCAGGCUGCUCCUCCAGCAUUUGAGAGGUCCCUGUAAAUCUGAAACAAAAUGGACUUUGUGCCAAAAUGUUGGGGGGCGGGAAGAAAUGUGAGGCUUCAGUUGUGAACGCAGUGACUGGAUUCAUGUGGCAAAGAAAUGAUAAGUGAGCGUCUGCCCAAGGAAACCAGAAAAAAACCGCUGGGUUUUUCUCCUCCCCUUUUCUGGAAAAGGGCAGAACAUUUCAGAGACCUUUCCCUGACAGAGGAAGAAAUUAUAUGCAAUGGAUUGCACAUCCUUUCAGUGGUUUUCAAAAAGGAAGCUCUCUCGGUAUCAAAGCCUUUCUCUGCUUCCACUGAAACACGCUCCUACUCAUCAAAGCUCGUUGUGUUCUCCCCUCCUCAUGCCCCACGUCUUCACCAGUGCACCUUAGCCCUGACACUGAGCCAACCUCUGGAGGGAGAACUUCUUCCCCUAAGAAAGGAGUCCAGGAGCGAUUCCAAAGGACGCAGGGACUGGUUACAGCAAGGCUGGGCUGAACACACACCGUUCAGACAAGUGUAAAUACUGGUGUAACUAUUGUUCUAAUGGGUAGGCUUUAGGUGAUUCUCUAGAGAGCUGCUUCAGAGAAAAAAUAAAAAAAAUAAAAUAAAACCCAGUACCUCAAAAACAUAAAAAAUAAACUAGGGCUUUAUGGCUGCCAGAUGCUGGUAGUCAGUUCAUAAGCAAUGUGAACAAGUACUGACUAGCCACAUUUAAAUUUUUGUUUUGUUUUUUAAAGCUGUCUACGCACAAGUGUUUCAGUUGGCUCAGCAGCAAUUCUUAAAAAGAGAUGAACCGUACCUGUGACUCUUUCCCCUGGUCUUUUGAAGCAUAAAAUAAGCAGUAUUUGUAUUUUUUCCUAUCAUGCUGGCUUCUGGGAGAGGAGUAGCCACUUUGGCUUCUAAGUUAUAAUGGAGUGGUUUAAUACUUAGGGUUACGUGCAAGAGAAGUGGCUGGUACAUUACCAUAUCUUUUUUCUUGCCUGUUGACAAUUCAGUAAGUGUCUCUUGAAGGGGCUUUUUUUGUGUUUUUUAAAGAUAAAAAUGAGUUGGGAUGGGCUGUUGUCCUUAACUGAGCAGUACCAUUAAGGAAGUGCUCUUCAUGUGUGGUUUCAGUCACGUGUGGGGUGGGGGCAAUUCAGGUGAUUUGGUUUGGUUUUUUUUUUUUUUCCAUCCUGACAUCCUCACCCAAACUGCAGGAACUCAAAUGCAGAAACUUCUCACGUGUUUUGCUGACCUUACUUGAGAAAAAAACAGUCUGUACACCUGCCCAGGGAAAAUGGAAGGGGACCUCCAGCAUCCUGUCUUAGAGUGUGUGGAAGAAAGGGGGGUUGAGAAGAGACAGCUUUGAUGGGAAGCCUGCUCACCUUGCACGCUUGCAGCUCCCAAGGACCUUGAUCCUGGCCACUGUCCUUUGUUACAGCAAAUGUUCUUUCCCAGCGUGCUGAGGCCUCAUUUGGUGGCAGACACUUCCAGCUGUCCUGCUGCUGGCAGGUGCCACAUCCUUGCCUUCACCACGCUAGCUUGAGGAGGUGUCACUUCCCUGCUGCCCACGUUUCAUGGGCAUUAAGCACAGCCCUUCUCGUGGUGAUUUUGACAGCAUCCCUGCUGCUUCUCCCUCCAGCUCCUGGUGCACGUGGUGCCUCCCCUGCUCCCCCUUCACAAAUGGUUUUGUGUUUGAGGAUUGCAGCCAGUGAGGGGUGGUACCGGAGGCACAGCAGAAAGCUUCACCUUUCCUGCUCUGAUGGGAGCUCUGCUCGUGGUCUCUUGUCUUCCCCUGGACCCCUCAGAACACGCCAGUUGGGGGUGGGGAGAACUGCAUUAUUUUGCCCCAAUUCAGUGCAGGCAGCUGUAAAUCAUAUUAUCACAUGUAACAAAUACUUAACCCUGGCCAGCAGCAUUAAAUAAAUAAAUAAAUCAAUCUGUCAGCAGCAAACUGAAGCCCUAAUUCAAGUCAGCAGCUUGGGUUAUAUUUUGGGUUUUUGUUUCUUUUUGUUUGUUUGUUUCUUUUUUUUUUUUUUUUUUUUUAACUGUAAGUUUAGCUAGUUUGUGACUCAAAUCUCAGGUUUUACUAUAUUGAAAAAUGGAGAAGAUUUUGUCAUUGUCUUGUAUUGUGGCUAGGAUGUGACUUCAGUUUCCUACAGUGGACUGUUGAAAAUAGCACUGAAAGCUACAGCGUUGAUUACCUUGAUUCUAAAACGUGCAACAGGCAAGAGAGAGGCAGCACCAAGAGUAACUGAGCCCAGAGGCUGUGUUCCUGCUGUGUGUAUGAAGGAAGGGUAGUCUGGGCAAGGGACAGGCGUACAGCACACUGGAAAACAUGUCAGGUCUUGGCUAUUUGUUAAACAUACUGCCACUUGUGUCUGUUUGCGUAUCAAGUGAAAGCAAUUACAUUACAACUACAUCAGCAUAUAUACACAUUCUGUCUGUGUGUGUAUAUAUAUAUGCAUGUAAAGGGUUUAGCAGUGCUCCUCUCAGCCAGAUUUCAGUAGAAGUCUGUGUCUCUGAUUUAAAGGAGUUAACUGGGGUUAACACAAAUCAGUCCCCAGAGGCAGAAAACAGAAUCCUCCUGGGUUUUGUGCUGUUUCAGAGGUGUGUGUCCUUCCCUUUUUGCUAUACAUACAAAUUAUGUACAUUUGGGUUUUGCUUGGUUAAUCACUUUCGGAGGAACUGAAAUCUGGUCUGGCUCCUCCUGAUUUCCAAUCCACUAUAGUCAGUAAAUAAAUCAAAGCUGUAGGCUCAGUAUUUUUAGGGGGCAGGUUCCUGUAGGAGGAAGCCUUAACCCCAUGUCCUGCACAGGGUGAUGCCUGUCUCCCAUCUGAACUAAUGUCCUGUACCUGAACAAUGCUGGAAAUGGUUUGUAGAAGUUUGGAAAGCAAAGUGGAGGAUGUGAGGGUUGGGGGGAAAUGUGUACAUGUUCAAUAUGAAUAUAAUGUUCUUUGGUGUAUGGUAAGCUGUUUAAAUGGUUCAGAGAUGUGAGUUUCUCAUCUUGUUGUGUCAUGAGCAUUACCUGUAUGUUAUGAAAUAAAAUCAGAAAUGGUACCUGUUUAUAUAGAA